CAAACACUGGGCACGAGCUGCGAGUCGGGUAUCAGUGAUAGUGAGGCCGAUGUGCGCCUUAAACGGGACGGACCUAACGCUUUCACACCACCCAAACAGACCGCGUGGUAUAUACUACUGGGCCGGCAGAUGACCACCGCGUUUGCCAUUAUUUUAUGGAUUGCCUCUAUCAUCAGUUUUGCGUGUUAUGCGAUUGAUACUAACAUUGAAUAUAUUAUUGUCGGAGUAGCACUGGCCCUAGUGGUGAUAAUAACUGGAACAUAUUCGUAUUCACAGGAAGCUAGCAGCAGCAAGAUUUUUAAAUCGUUUAAAAAUAUGAUCCCGCAGAAU